AUGCGUUUGACUGUACUCGUCUUACUGCUCAUGGUUGCAAUGCUCGUUCACUGUACACCGCGCACCGACGUGCCAUCCGGAAGCAACGAUGCUAUUCUGUCGGGCUAUGAGCGAGUGCGUUUACGUGCCCAUCGGAGACGGCACCGACAUAAGACGUCUCUUAAUCUCGAGGCUGAUGAAUUGUUCGAGAUGUUCGGAGACCACCUGCACAGGAGCCAGCAUAGGACAAGGAAGAACAAGAAUGCAAUAAACAUGAAGCGAGAACGAAACGAAGAACUGUGUCUCAUGGAGAGAAGGACCAUUGAUCUCAACACAAUGGGCGAUGAGUUCGACCCGCCUUUUCUGGUGGAAGUUCGGUGUCAAAAUACAGCCGACUACGAGCGGGGCAGCACCGACACACUUGUUGAGCAGACAUGCGUGCACAACUUGCUCCGAUGUGUACAGCGCUACGGAGAGGUGCACGUCUCCAAACGUCCAGUCGGCUCUGCGCACUGGAGCCCACACACAUUGCGAAACGUUCCGAUAGGUUGCGACUGCAUGUGGCCUGUGGAUCGGUAUGGACAUCAAGAAUUGUAG